GCGCCUUUAUUGAGCUUCUCUGAAUCUUUCAUACACCCUCACGCCCACAGACAGGCUGAAUCGCACAAAUGUCGUCGUUGGGAACACCCAGGCAUCGCAGGAAAAGACAGCGACUAUCUUCACCGACGUACGAUGAGCAAGUCUCUCUUAGCCAGGACGAAGUAGCUGCUUUUGAUGACUUUGAAAGACAACGUACACAGUCCUUGGAUGGGACCUCCCCUUUGAAGAUGUCCCAAGCUAAUACGAGUUACGAUCGUCGAAAGAGGGACGAAGCCAUCGCGCUUGCAUUGGGAUUGAAAUCUGUUGUCGGAGAUGACGAGGGUGAUCAGAGCUCAGAAGAACGAUCUCAAUCACCAUCACCGUCUCUACCUGCUGAUAGGAAAGAGAAUCGCAAGCCCUCAGGCAGUGAUCACGCAUAUAGUCACUCGAGCUCUCGCACAUCUCCAAUUAACUCUCCACCCAACUCACCUCGAUCGCUUUCUAAACAUCAGGGUCUUUCUCCUAACAAAAUGAACGGUUUCAUGCCGGCGAGUUCACCAGGUAAUCCAUUCACCAGCAAGAGUUCACCGACAUCACCUAGUAGAAAGCGUGUCAGUGGAUUUACUUCCGCCCUCAGAACAGAGCAUAGCGCUAUGCGGAACGCCACACCGUCGGGCAUUUCAAAUCCAGUGACGAAGACUACUGGCUUUGGUUUCGCAUCAGCUCUUGACAUUGCAUACAAUAAGCCAGCGGGUAACUACCCAUCCUCCUACCCCGAUCCACCACCCGAGCAGGAUCUUGCUGCCUGGUUCCAAUCGACUGACGUUUCAGCUGAAGCUGUAAACUUCACGAGCGCCAGUGCCUUGCGAUCCGCUGAAGACGACGUGGGAUGGUUCCAGCGUAGCACUGUACCUCCUACUGCUACUGGGUUCCAGUCCGCUAAAGAAUUAAAGAUCGCUGGUAAUACUACGUUGGCCCGAGGUAUAGCGCCAUCCAGGACACCUUCAGAUGCAAACUCGCCGUUCGACGACAAGCCUGAAUUAUCCUUACGAGACAGCAUACCCAAUGGAUCCGGAUUUUUAGGCUUCACCACUGGAAGGACUCUUCUGGAUCCUUCUGCAGCAAGUUCAAGUACAUGGGUAGCUCCUUCUAAGGCCGCAUUAGAGAAAGCCACAGAGAUGAUGAGUCGUUGGGAGAAAGAGAUUGACCAGGAAUGUAUGCACACUGCUGAAGGAGAGGAAAACCUCCCGUCGAUACAGCUGGGUCAGCAUGACAGAAUGAUCCUUGGUUCAAUGGAUGAUAACUUCCCGAGAAGUACACCCCUGAGCCCCAGUCCUGCAGGCCCUGACUUCGGGAAACCACUAGCUUUCGGUACCCCGGGAAGUAUAGGCAUUCGCAAUAGCAAGAAACCCUUCAAGUCGCCACUUCUUGUACCACCCAAUCCUAGUUCGCCGCUUGCCACUCGUCCGCCGCUCGCCAACCCCUCAAAGUCCAUCCCAGUCGUUGCCUCUCCCCUCAAUCCUAGCCGUACACCUUCAUUUAAACCCGUCUCUUCCACCUUGGCUGCUUUUACAAAUUCUACUUUCAGUACGCCCGAGAUGCCUUCUACACCUUUACGCCCAGGUACAGGCUCGCCUCAGAAACGGGCACUCGGUAUGUCUGCAAAGCGACCCGGCACCAACUCUACACCGGGGAGGAAGCCGUUUACUACACCGUUCAAGCCGGGUAUGAGACCUGGUGAACCGGGCAGAUUUUUGUUGGAACAGCAACGAGCCACACAAACUAGCGGUUUGAGUUCGCAGAAUGCGCGUUCACCUGUGAAACUCGUUGGCUUCGGUGGCAACCCGAUUGACAAAGGGAAGAGUAAGGACGUGUGCGCUACAGCGAAAGAUACUGAUAAACUGACUCUUGCUUCAUCUGGCCUCAUUCCUCAUUCCUAUACUAUCGACGAACUGGAAACAAAGGGAUUAAACACAGCGGAACUCUUGCAAAUCAACCCAUCCACUGCUCUUUACUAUUCAUUCCACACUGCUUCUCCGUUUCCCAUCACAUCUUCCCAAAUCCCUCUUACACAAGUUACGCUGGGAUCUGCGGCUGCAUACAAGGAACUCCAGGAGUCUGGAUGCACAUUGGCCACGCAAGAGUGGGUGGACAACCACUGGAUUCUCAUCCUCUGGAAACUUGCAGGCAUGGCUGCCUUGGAACCCGAUCGAGAACACGACGUUAGUCGGAAACGAUGGUGUUGGCGAGAAGUCAUGCGUCAACUACGGCAUAGGUACAACCGAGAGCUUAACGGGACUUCCCGUCCUGCGCUACGCCUUAUUACAACUCAAGACGCACCCGCAUCCUGCCCUAUGGUUCUCUGUGUUUCCAAUAUCAUACAGCUCUCGACUGAAGGCGGCAUCCCUGAGCUUGAAAUCACUGACGGCUGGUAUCGCCUGAGAGCCCAGAUUGACGCACCUCUGGCACGUGCCAUUCAUAAAGGGAUAGUUCGAAUUGGCGGAAAGAUAGCUGUCACUGGAUGUCGUCUCGAGACAGACCGCAAAGAUCCUGCUGAGAUUCUAGAAACAUAUGAUUCAAUUAUGUUGAAGAUCUAUGGCAACUCCUCGUCUCUUGCACCAUGGCAUGCUAAAUUAGGCUUCCAGAAAACGCCUUUUGUUUCUUCGUUACGAAGCCUGACAUCAGAUGGCGGACUAGUUGCCGUCAUAGAUGUUGUGGUUGAGAAGUCAUAUCCUAUUGCCUUCCUAGAAACUAUCGAGGAUGAGGACGGUCAAAAACAUUCGUUAGGACCCUGGAAUGAGAAGGAGGAACACGUAGCAUACGAGAAGUGGAGGGCUCGACGUGAGGUGGAAGCGGGCAAGUUGCGCAAUGACUUUGAAAAGGAUGUUCAAAGAUGGGAAGCCUACGCUGAACGCCUACAACGACAGGCAGCUCCGAAAUUCCGUCCUGCACUUGAAGAGUCGCCACCAGACCAUAUAGAGGAUCUUAUCGUUGAAUUGGAGGACGCUCCGAAUGCAAAUGAGAUCUUCAAGAGCCUCAAUCCCAUAGAAGCAGGUUGGCUCGCUCAAGCCCUGCAGCAAAAGGUCGAUAAGGAUAGAGAGCGGUUCUUUGAGUCGAUAGACCAAGAACUCAAUGCGGUCUGCCCUCCUCGACAAGUUCGCAACUUCCGAGUUAUCCAGGUUCACGAUGCUCAGUCGUUCAGACGGCCUGCUGUCCGCACUGCUCAAAUUACUGUAUGGAAUGUCCUCGAACUUCACGUUAGUGAGGGUGCUGCAGCUGGGAGCUUUUCUCCCGGUCAGAGGUUCAUGAUCACCAAUGUGAUUCCAUCCCAGAAAGGAGCUUGGGGGAAGGAUCCUGACGAAGCGUCCAUGAUUUACCUUGUCACACGAAAGGAUUCAAGGUUUACGAGGAUCCGCUGAAUUCCACGAACUCCGCAACUGUACCCUUAGGUCCCCAUAGUCACAUAUUGCUCUAAUUCUUACUCACCAGACGCACUGCUUGCAUGAAGCAUAAAUUACUGUACUGAUAGUGUAGCGUGUACAUAGCCGGAAAGCGACAGACAUAUGAUAUGGUCAAGAUACGUUAUGCUCCUCC